AUGGCGGAGACCGUCGCGGCGCUCGCUAGCUGCUGCGAGAAAACCAAGGCGAAGGUGACGCGGAUUAAGCGGGCGGUCUUGACCGCUGAGCAGGACCACAAGAAGUUCAGCGUACACGCGUUAAAGCUGUACCUGAAAACGACGGAUGCUGCCUACGAAGAAUUCAAUUCGUUCCAGAACAAGAUUUACCUGGCCGACCCCACGAAGAAGGACGAGUUUGAACCGAAGUUCAUCGAUUUUGAAGAGCUGUACGAGUUCACUCGUAUUGCUCUCUGCGAGAUGCUGCAAGCUUACGAGGACGACGAAAAGGCAGCCCUUGCCGCGGCGGCGCAGGUCGCUGCAGAGAGAGCUAUCAAACCGGUCGUGAAAUGUCAACACGGCGACAGUUCCUCUAGUGUCCCCGUGUCGUUCCCUCCAACUCUCGUGUUGCAGCAGUCAGCGCUCCCAACCUUCGACGGGCGCUAUGAAAACUGGUUCCGGUUCAAGCAGAUGUUUUGCGACAUCGCCGAGAAGUGCACGGCGGAUUCGGCGGCUACGAAGCUUCACUACCUCGACAAGGCGCUGAUCGGAAAGGCUCAGGGAGCUAUUGAUCAACAGAUAAUCCGGGACAAUGACUACGCUCAAGCCUGGGUCUCCCUCCAGGAACAAUUUGAGAACCUGCCUGCGUUGGUCAACGACACCGUCUCGAGGCUGCUGGGCGUCAAGGCGAUGAUGAGUGAUUCGUAUGUCCAGCUGAAAAACCUGCUGGAUGACGUCGAGAAGAGUGUGAACUCCUUGGAGUACCACAACCUAAAGAUGGACAGACUUUCGGAGGCCAUCAUCACCAACUUGACCGCUUCGAAGCUUGACAUGGCGACACGGAAGAUCUGGGAAUCCAGUGUUGCGCGUGGUGCUCUCCCCGAGUACAAAAAGAUGAUGAAGGUAUUGCGGAACCAGCAGGCAGUGCUGGAGCGCUGCGAAAGGGCGAAGCCUACCCAGAAGACCAAAGUGACGAACUCGAACCCCCGCACAUCGACGCCACCUACGAAGGCCCACACGGCGACUGUUGGAAAGCACGAAAGCUGUGCGAUGUGCAACGCUGAACACCUGCUGGAGAAGUGCGAAGCAUUUCUGAAGCUGAACGUGAACGCGCGGUACGGCAAGGCGAAGCAGUUUGGACUCUGCUUCCGUUGUUUGAAACGGGGCCACCGCACGGCAGACUGCAAGCAGAAGGACAAGUGCUCGGAGUGCUCGCGAGCACACCACACGCUGAUGCACCCCGACAGCAAGAAAGAACCCGAGAAGCAACCACCGGAAACUUCGGCUGCCGGAACGAACGCUAGCAGCGCCACUGUUAGCAAGGAUGGAUCGACCUCGACGAACUGCCCCCUCUACUGCAACACCAACGAAACACCAAAGCAAGUUCUGUUGGCAACCGCGGUUGUCAACGUCGUCGAUGCAUGUGGAGUACAGCACAAGUGCCGAGCCCUACUGGACUCGGGCGCGAUGGCCAACUUCAUGUCGCAGAGCUUCGCGGACCUGCUGAACCUGAAGAAGAUGCCGGCCAAUGUCCCGGUCGUUGGCGUGAACGGAAUGGAGACAGUAGUGAAGUUCAAGGUUGAGGCCAAGGUCGAGUCCCGCACCACGGCGUACAACUUCUGCCUCAACUAUCUGGUGAUGCCGAAGGUGACUGGACCGCUACCCGUGGACAAGGUCGAAGUGGAGCGGUGGCCGAUUCCGAAGGAUUUGGCGCUGGCAGACGAAAGAUUCUAUGAACCCGGCCGAAUUGAUUUGCUCAUCGGAGCAGAAGUGUUCUUCGAGUUGCUGCAGAGCGGCAAAAUGAUGAUGUCUGCGGAACUACCCAUUCUGCAGGAGAGCGUCCUAGGAUGGCUGGUAUCGGGACGUGUAGCUGAAACAGGAACGACGGGCACGGUGCGAGUCUGCCACGCGCUGGCCAAGCAGACACCCGAAGCACAACUGGCUGGUUUGCUGCGGCAAUUCUGGUCGGUCGACGAGCAGGAAUUUCCUGCAACGACCUCGGAGACGAGCAGUGACUGUGAGAAGCAUUUCCUGGAGACUCACAGCCGGAACGAGUCCGGACGCUACGUUGUGCGGUUGCCAUUCCGUAGCAACGUGGGCGAGCUGGGACUGUCGAGAGAACAAGCCGAGAAACGAUUCUACGCACUGGAACGUCGAUUGGACAAGAACGCAAACCUGAAGCAGCAGUACAAGAUGUUCAUCGACGAGUACAUCUCGCUCGGCCACGCCCGAGUGAUCGACGACGCCAAGGCGGACGCAAACUAUCUACCCCACCACUGCGUACUGAAGCCUGACAGUGCAACCACGAAGCUCAGGGUAGUGUUCGAUGCGUCGGCCAAGAGCUCCACCGGUUUGUCGCUGAACGACGUGAUGCUGACUGGCCCAACAGUGCAGCGCACCCUCUUCGAUAUUGUGCUGCGAUUCCGAUGCCACAAAUAUGUCUUCACCGCCGAUGUGCCAAAAAUGUAUCGGCAGGUGGAGGUGCACGAAAAAGAUCGGAAGUACCAGCAGAUUCUCUGGAGAGAUGAUCACCAGCAGCCAUUAAGGACGAUAGAGCUUUCAACGGUCACCUACGGCACGGCUGCGGCCCCCUUUUUGGCGACACGAGCGUUGAAUCAGUUGGCGCUGGACGAACGGCAUGACUUUCCCGAAGCAAGCACAUCCGUACUGAACAACUUCUACGUGGAUGACGUGCUUGCCGGAGCAGAUGACCUAUGCCAAGCAAAGCAGCUCCAGCAGGACAUGAUCGAGAUGCUGGCAAGAGGCGGGUUCCAGCUGCACAAGUGGUGCGCCAACCAUGCAGCGCUGCUGGAGGAGAUUCCGAUUGAAAACCGGGCCAAGACGCUGAACUUCGAGAAGAACGACGAGGGCGAGGUUGUCAAAACGCUCGGCCUACUUUGGGACCCGGUGAGUGACGUGUUUAAGUUCAGCGUGAAGCCGUUCAAGAAAUCGACGGAACGUCCGACGAAGCGGCAGAUCAUGUCCGACAUUGCCCGUUUGUUCGAUCCGCUCGGGUACCUCGGACCAGCUGUGAUGAUCGCCAAACUUGUGAUGCAGCAGCUCUGGAAGGAGAAGUUCCACUGGGACGACCCAGUACCGGAGGAUGUGGCAAAGAUGUGGGAGAGAUUCCGGUCUGAGCUGUGCGAGAUAAGCGAGUUGAAGAUUCCACGCGCCGUAGCUGCAGCAGUAGACGUGACGAGCUACGAACUCCACGGCUUCGCAGACGCGUCGAUGAAGGGGUACGGCUGCUCUGUGUACUUGCGGUGUCUGAAACGAGACGGUACUGCGGAGAUGAUGCUGUUGUGUGCGAAGUCGAGGGUCGCACCGUUGAAGGAACUGAACCGCCAACCGAAGGACGACGCUGAGCCGGAAGAUUUGACCAUUCCCCGACUGGAGCUCUGCGCGUCGAAGCUGAUGGUCGAACAAGUGGUCAAGGUUCUCGACGCCGUUGAACUGGACAUCAGCCGCGUUGUGCUCUGGACGGACUCGCAGAUUGUUCUGGACUGGUUGAAGCGCUUGAAACCUGACACUUCGGUGUUCGUGCGCAACCGGGUUGCUGCGAUUCUGAAACUGAGCAAAAAGUUUGAAUGGAGGCACAUACCAACCGCACUGAACCCAGCUGACUUGAUCUCACGCGGUGUGUACCCACUGAAGCUCAUCGUGUGCGACCUGUGGUGGCAUGGCCCAGAAUUCCUGCGGACAACUGUUGCCACUGUCCAGCCGCCGAACCUGGUUGCCGACGAAGCAAACCCUGACGGCGAUCAACCUGGAGAUCCCGACCCAGAAAUCCAUGUAUUAGCGGCCUCUACCGACACGAACGAGAAUCCACCCUUGGCCGUUAUCAACGAUUGCAGUGACUACAGGAAGCUGCAACGGAUCUUUGGGUACGUGACGAGGUUCCUGUACAACUGCCGGAACAAGCCGGCGGAGCGACGAGGAUCCUACUUGAAGAUUGACGAGCUGCGGAACGCGCAGUUGCUGAUGGUGAUGGUGGUACAGCAUGCAGUGUAUGGAGAGGAAAUAAGCUGUAUCCGUAAGAACCAGCCGGUGAAGGGCAAGCUCCGGAACCUGAACCCGAUGUACGACGAAACAGAACGUGUGCUGCGGGUCGGUGGACGCAUCCGUCAUUCCGAUCUGCCUCGUGACCAGAAGCACCCCAUGAUUCUUCCGGAAAGGCAACACCUCACCGAACUCCUGAUAAACACACUGCACCGGGAGAACUUACACGUUGGUCGCAACGGGCUGCUGGCUGUGAUUAGACGUGCUUUCUGGCCAGUCAACGCGAAGCGAACCAUCUAUCGGGUGCUGAAAAGGUGUGUGCAGUGCUUCAGGGUGAAGCCCAAACCGGCGUGGACUACGCCGGACCGCUUCUACUGA